AUGGCACAAGAACAAGCCGGGUUCAGCGGCAACCACAGCACAAGUGACCCGGUCCCAGGACUGAGCAGCAGAGCGACGCAGGCUGAACGCAACACGUUUGGCCGCCAGCUGAUGGACAACUACCGGGCGCUGGUCGACGAGCUGGCGCAGGACGACCUGGACCAGCUGGCGCAGGCGCGCUGCUGCUCCGUCAGUUCCAUCGCGCCCGCGCUCGGGACGAGUAGAGCGACUUUCCGGAGGGGACCUUACGGGCUGACACUUUUCAAUUUUCUAGAGCAGUUCGAGUGCGACUUCCCGACGACAGGCACGAUCAAGCGGAAGCCGUCGGUGAACCCGAAGCUGCCGCUGACGUCGAUCACGCGACAGCUGAAGGAGGUGGGCGAGACGGUGGCCUGCACCCCGUCGACGCCUUCUCCCUCGACGGCGGCCACCACGCCCACGUCCGUCUUCUCCACGUCGGUCGACCUGGCGGAUUCUGUGAACGUCAACGUGGGCACUGUCCAGAGAGCAGGUUCGGUGCGGAGGCGGCGGUCGUGCCAGACGCCGUCAACACCGGACGGCGGGGGCGGCGCAGAUGGCGGCAGCAACUCGAGCACCCUCAAACGGCACCACAGCGUCGGGGGCGGGUCGGCCCGGAGCUCCGCCUCCGCCUCCUCGUCCAGCUCGUCCACCCCCGUCAGGGAGCCACCCCCACCGCUGCCUGUGCCGGCAGAGUCGGAGGUGGAGGAGGAGCUGCCGCCGCCCCCGCCGGACAUGUUCGAGAGCACGCUGAGCCUGGACUCGCUGCCGCCCCCACCGCCGCCGCAGCCGGCCGAGCUGUCGGGCAGCCGGCUGAGCCUGGCCUCUCUGCCCCCGCCGCCUCCGCCUUACCGCCCGCCGCCCCCGGCACCGACGCCCGCGCCGCCCUCGGACGUCUCCGCCCCGACAGACUGCGCGUCGCCGAUGCGCCGGGGGCCGCUCGCCGCCCCUCCUCCGGUGUACUCGGCGCCUCCGUACCUGGCGGAGCUGAAGGCGGCGGGUGCGGCGCCGUGCGGCCAGCCGGGGUCUCCGCUGGCGAGCAGGCGGCCCGGGUCCCCGCCGCCUCCGACGCCGCCCCCGGCGACGCCUCGCAGCCCCGUGCCGCUCGCCGAGACGCAGCACAGGUCGCGCACUGCCGGGAAGAAGAUCUCGUUCGCCAUCCCGGCAGAGAGCCCGGGGGCGGACGGCACGCGGUCCCUGCCGCCCCCCGCCUCCCGCAAGCCGCCGCCGCCCCGCCGGUCGGAGUCGACGCGGCUGACGACGCUGCCGGCUCCGCAGCAGCUGGCCCCACCCCCGAAGGACUUCCUGAAGGACCUGCAGAGGGUCAUGAAGAAGAAGUGGCAGGUCGCACAGAAGUGCAAGGCGGACCUGUCGACGACACCGCACGAGGUGCUCGGAUUCCGCGACGCGCCUCCCCCGCCGCUGCCGCCUCCGGACGUCCGGCGGGAGAACAGUGUGCUGGACUGGGUGCAGGAGCACUACGGGGGCGGCGGGGGCGGUGCGCCCCACCAGUACAACCUCUACGAGAACGUCUACCUGGUGGGGGGCGGCGGGUCACCCGGCCACGCGCCGCCCGCCGUCAACGGCCAGCACUGCCCGCCGUACCGUCACCACCCCCACCCCCAGCACCAGCACCCGGACGGGGCACCGCCCCCGACAGCUGUGGACUACCGAGCAGGUCCAGCUCCGGGCUCGCGGCUCUCCCGUCAGAACAGCGUGGCGGCCGCCAUCGCCGCCAAGAAGAGGCCGCCUCCGCCGCCCCCGAAGCGCUCGGAGACGACGCAGCUGACGACGGCGGUCCCGCCGCCCCCACCGCCGCACCCCUCGCGCUGA